AUGGAGACGGUUGAGAGUUUGAUCCCCGCUCGCGACACAGGGGACAGUGAUCCGGAAUGGGAGAAGCCAGACGAUGAUGUUGCCUUGGCCCGUGCUACCUUGGCACACAAUGUCCAUGCCCAUGAGGAUGAGACCGCAAACACGGCCCUGGCUUCCUUCACGGCUCUGGAGGUGGAUGACACCAGCAUGGCCCUUCGGCUCCAGGAAAUGGAAGCGGCCAUGUCCCGCCUCCUGGCAAAGGGCGACGAGAUGGUGGCUGUCACUGGACAGGAGGUGCCAACCACAGGUGACUUUGUCCCUGAGGAAGGUGCUCCUGAUGAUCCCAUGGGAAGCGAGGAUGUGCCAACCACAGGUGACUUUGUCCCUGAGGGAGGUCCGUCUGAUGACCCCAAGGACAAGGCGAACAAGACCAGACCUUACUCUGCCCUACCCGCCGGCACCCUGGAGGAGAAGGUCUUCCACAUCGAGGGCUUCCCAGAGGACUUCCCGGGCAUCGGCAAGAAGAGUGCGGACCUGGCACAGCAGUUGACGAAGGAGGAGAUCGCAUCCCUGUUCUCCAAGCUCAAAUCGGAGCAGUGGAAUCGCCCGGCCGUGGAGAGGGUCCUGGAGGUGUAUCAUAUCUACAAGCGCCAGUUGGCCCAGGAGAAGAUGCUGGCUGCCCCCUACAACCGUGCUCGCAGAGGGGUCGGACACAGCAGCAUGGGUCAGUUGGACCCUGGCAGCACUGGGGCUACCCUCAUGUGCCCAAACUGUUUUUCGGAUUGGCAACGGCAGGACAACAAGGUCGAGGGGAAGUGCAAGCUCUGCCAGAAGUCCGUCAUUGCAGUGGACAAGGGCCCCCCCUCGGCAGAGAUCAAGCUCGGCUCUUCCUCCUGGCGGAUGUUUUGUGGCCCCAGAGGUGUCACUUGGCACACGGAUGCUGAUGAGACACAGAAGGAAGCUGCCUCCGUGGACAUUGCAACAGACCAGAAGGAGCUCAGCUUUGCCGACCAGGUGAUGUUUGCCAACAAGGAGGCGGGAGAAAGACCCCACCUCAGAGACGAUUGGCAGCCGAGCCAGGAGACAAGGGCUUUCCACCCGCAGCUGUCGGCCGCAAUGGACAUUACGAAGAAGAGCUCGGGCCCAGUAGACAAAGACGCCAAUAAGCCCACGGAGGAGGAGUUCCUGGACCACAUCAACCCCCAGCUGGAUGUGAUCGUCGAAAUGCAAGCGGGCGCCCAGAGUGUCGACGAGGCCAACGGCGCGUCAAUCCUUCGCCAGCUCGACACAGAGAAGCUUCGCUCCCUUCUGAAGCGAAACUACCUCCAGGGCCAAGGCUGGGGUACCCAGUUGCGCGCGGCCCUCGAGAUGAACGUUUUCAAUCCGGAGAGCCCGCUCAAGGAGAUGGAGCUUGAUGACAUUGAGGCCAUGAAGGAAAGGUACAUGAACACAAAAUUCCUGCUGAAUCAGAGCAGGAAUCCUUUCCCAGCCUCUUUGCUGCAGGAGCUCCCCACCUUGGCUGCUUUGCAGCGUGAGGGCGAACGAGUCGCCCGGGACUCCGGCGAGGGGCUGUCGUCCACAGGUGCCUUUGGCCCUGAGGAGCAGUCCCCGGAGGCAGUUCUGGGAGUUCCAGUGGGCUCGGUCGAGUUCCAGAUCCUUCGCCUCAAACGUAUCAUCGAGUUGCACAUGGGGGAGCAGCGCAUGAUCGGGGGCAAAUGGAAGCAGCUGCCUGGACCCCUCGAGGCCCCGACGUGGGCAAAGCCUCUCCCCGAAGGGGAAAAGCUCAUGCUGGAGAUGAGGACUCACCCCUGCUCCUUCAGACAGCCCUUCUUUGAGCCGAUUGCCCUCACCGAAGUGCAGACGUGGGACUUGGUCAGCCUCUUCUCCUGCUUUGGCCACACCUACUCGGCCAGGCACCUUUAUGCAGUGUGGAGCCACCUUCCGAUUACUAUCAGGGCCCACAAAAGAGGGGCCAAGAACAAGCAACAGAACUUGCAGCGACGAGAUGACCAUCGCGAAUUGAUGAAGGAGGCCAAAGAGUUUGUGAUUCUGCAUGACCUCCCGGUGCCUACGACGAACCAGGAGUGGAAGCAGCUCUACCGUGAAAUCGGAUCAUUUUUCGCUGCCAAGGUCUUCAUCAACCGCACGCCGCAGGUGGUCCUCGACCUCCCUGUAGCGGACAUCCAUGACUCCAAGCAGCACAUGCGACUGCGAGCCGUAUGUGAUGAAAGGAUCACCCUGCCGUUGAAGGCCUUCCGUGACUUCCCGGAGAUCUACAACUCGCUCUCCCACUCUUUGGGGCAGGACUCGGUGGUGGAGGUCAAGAUGGCGUGGCGCUGCAACACCGUGCAGUGGUGGACAGCCCGCCUCAAGCCAGAGUACGCUGGCCCCAUCUACCGGAAGCUUGGCGACUCGGAGAGCCACAUCAAAGGCCUCGGCUUGGGGAACAUGGACGCCUCAGCUGCCUUUGGCGCUGAAAGGAUCCCUCUGGACCCCGGGUCGGAGCAGGAGCGCUCCCUCCCGCCCAUCACUCCAGACAACGUUUCGAGUGUGGCCUCGGACGACUACAAGAGGAAGAACGUGGGAGACAAGACUGCCCACGUGUUCUGGGCCAAGAUGGAGUGUGGCCUGGUCCUCAGCUCCGUUUCCCCGUGGGAAAUCGUUGACAAGAAGAAGGGUGAGACUCGUGGGGGCUACGUUUGCCGCCACUGCAAAGGAUUCUGGCGAAGUGGCAGAGGGGCCAGCCGUUUCCUUCUCAUCACGGGGGAGCACAAAGGGAAGUCGGCCCAGCUCCAGCUCAUCCUGGACGAGCCCCCCCAGCACCUCUACGAGGCCUGGGUGAAGGACCGGAUCGAGUUUUACAAGAGGGUGGAGCCCACGGCGGCCCCCCGCGAUCGCUCCCGCCGUGUCAACCCCAGCCUCAGCUCCAGGCUCCGGUUCAGCAAGACGAACCUCAUGGGCCAGGUCUCCGACAUGAUCUGGUCGGUGGUGCUCUCCAACCCAAAACGGGAUGGCCUCAAGAAGAUCCAUGAGCUUGCGGCAUCCCGGGUCCGCCCGGCCUGA